AGAACUGCAUACUGUGUAGAGGGUUGUUUUCAACUCUAGCACCCGCUCGGCAGGCAUUUGAGCUUCGCCGGACCAGUUCGCAGCUCGAACAGUUUGUUUUGUGUGAUGCUUCUCUUCCGUUACCGGCAGGGAAUAAGUAUGGGUCGCCUUAGUAACCGUUGCAUCUAGCAUCCUACAAACGAACAGGAAUUUGCUGAGCGAAAUUUGAUCACUCAAAUUGUUUACACAUGAAUUUGAUAACUAAUAGUCAUAAAUCUUUCUACUGAACUCGAUGGAGACAGCGUUGUUCAUCGAUUAUUUUCCGAUAAUCUCGCUCAAUCUGAAUCGCCACAAAUCUCAAUCAUCUCCUUCAUCGUCAUAGGUUGCUACGGUGUUACGGUUGCUAGGUCGCCCCAAGCAUCAGUAAACUGUAACAAGCAACUACGUCAGCAACAUACCAACGAUAAAUUACAUUCAGGAACAUUUCCACAAAGUUUAAUGUAAACAAAGUAGCGAACCCUUUUGUGUGUUUUGCAGAAUGCGCACACCUCAUUGGUUCUAUUUAUACAUAUACACUAUACGAGUAAAUUUCACACUAAUGAUGAAUACCUCGGCGGACGAAACGUGCGAAACGCUUCCGUCGGAGAUUCAUCUUAUCAAAGAGGAAUACGAUGAGCUGGGGCGGCUGUACCGGACGUGCAAUGGCGAUGUGACGGUGAACAAGUGCGAAGGCAAGUGCAACAGCCAGGUGCAGCCGUCCGUCAUCACUGCGACCGGGUUCCUGAAGGAGUGCUACUGCUGCCGGGAGUCGUUCCUGCGCGAGCGGCAACUGCAGCUGACCCACUGCUACGAUCCGGACGGUGUGCGGAUGACCGACCACGAGUCCGCCACGAUGGAGAUCCGCCUGAAGGAACCGGUCGACUGCAAGUGCUUCAAGUGUGGAGAAAUGGUCCGCUAA